CCCAUAUCGUCUUCAACUUUUCCCUCUACCAAUUCUUCAAUUCGCCUUACUAACAACACAGGAACCUUGUCAACCCUCCUCUUCCAUGAUAUUUUUCUUAUCCUUCCUCCCUUCUCAUAUCCUUUCGACACCUGUGAUUCCGACUGUCUGGUACAGUCAUCGAUAGCCAUGGCAAUUGCUUUGGCUGAGGCGGACAAGUAUGAGAUCUUGGAGAAGAUCGGCUGCGGCUCUUUCGGCAUCAUCCGUAAAGUCAAGCGGAAGUCUGACGGAUUCAUACUAUGUCGGAAGGAAAUCAAUUACAUCAAGAUGUCUCAGAAGGAGCGCGAACAGCUCACGGCGGAAUUCAAUAUCCUAAGCUCCCUCCGACAUCCGAACAUUGUCGCCUACUACCACCGCGAACAUCUCAAAGCCAGCCAGGAUCUUUACCUAUACAUGGAAUACUGCGGUGGUGGAGACUUGAGCAUGGUUAUUAAGAACCUCAAGAAGGCAAACAAGCUGGCCGAGGAAGAGUUCGUCUGGCGCAUUCUGUCCCAGCUGGUCACUGCCUUGUACCGAUGUCACUACGGAGGCGACCCCGCGGAAGUUGGAUCGAACAUCCUUGGUGCAGCACCAAAACCAUCUGGACUAAAGGGAAAGCAGGGCCAAGUGACUAUCCUGCACCGUGAUCUCAAGCCCGAGAACAUCUUCCUUGGUAGCGACAACACUGUGAAGCUGGGCGACUUCGGUCUGUCGAAGCAGAUGCAGUCCCAUGAUUUUGCCUCCACAUAUGUCGGCACCCCCUUCUACAUGUCCCCCGAAAUUUGCGCAGCUGAAAAGUACACUCUCCGAUCGGACAUUUGGGCAGUGGGAUGUAUCAUGUAUGAGCUCUGCGCCAAGGAGCCCCCCUUCAAUGCGCGCACCCACAUUCAAUUGGUGCAAAAGAUUCGCGAAGGCAAAUUCGCGCCUCUCCCAGACUACUACUCGCCCGAACUGAAGAAUGUCAUUGGCAGCUGUCUACGCGUUAACCCCGACAGCCGCCCUGACACGGCCGCUCUGAUCAACCUCCCUGUUAUUCGUCUGAUGCGCAAGGAGAAGGAAGUAGUGGAUCUUGGCAAGACCCUGCGCCGCCGGGAGGAGGUUGCCGUGCAGAAGGUCCGCGAGAUGGAGCAGAAGCUGGCCAACGUGGAGAAGGAGAAACAGCAAUUCAAGACCGAGAUUGAGAAUACCGUUCGUCGGGAAUGGGAGGUGAAGGCGCGAUUGGAGAUUGAUCGCCAGGUGCAGAGCGAACUGGACCGACUUCGUAAGCGAUUCGAAGCGGAGGUCCAAGACCGUGUCUCUAUCGAGCUGGAGAAGCAGAAGAGACACAGUAAUCCUCGCGAAGAGCUCUUCCGCGCUAGCCUUCGUCGUUCUGAUUCCAGUUCGCAAGGAUCAUCUCGGACUAGUGGUCGUGAAUCGCGCUCUUCCGGCGCCACAACCGAUGACUCGGAUGUUCCGUCUAGCACAGACAUCAGUCAGCUAUCCCUCGAGUCUCCUUCCAACAACAACAGGAAGCCCAGGAAAGAGACUCGUACUCCCUUCUGUCGUUCCAAGACAGUAGUUGAAUCACCCCAGGAUGUCCAAAUGGCCGAGCCAUCCCCCAUCUCAAUUGCUUCACUUUCACUUUCGCCUCGUCGCACCUCUAAUUCGGGUACCUCUCGCAAUAUUUUCGCCGAAGCUGAACGCCAAAAAGCUAAAUGGGAACCUACUCUGGCUUACUCCGAUGAUGAGGACGAUACCCCUGACCUUCCAUCCCCUACUCGCCCUAAGGUCAAGCCUGACCCCUUCAAGGCGCCUCCUCGACCCCUUCUGCGCCAGAACACCGCUGCGCUCAUGCAAAAACUCAGCACUCAGCCUCCUCUAUUUCCUUGCAACGGAUCGCGGCUUCCACAGGUGUCCGGAGGCCCGUCAGCCUCUCAAUCUGAUGCCCGUCCCAGCAUGAAUGAGGGCCGGGCCAAAUCUCCCCACCGUCGCCUGUCCAAGAUCCCUUCAUCGGCCAACCUGGCUGCUGAUGCUGGAUCUCCUACGCGCAAAAACUCUACCAAGCAGCAACCCAUCAAGGCCAACAAUGCUGGCGGGGAUGAAAUGUUCAAAGCUGUUAUGCAGCGCAACAUGGGUGGUCGCACCCUAGUUGAGCUCGCUCAGGCCCGAGCCGGUGGUCGUCAUGUGGAUGAAUUCAAGCGAUGUGCCAGUGACUCUCGUGCCACUCCGAACGCCUCCAGCAUGAAGUGCUCCGAACGCGAGCCACCUGCCAUCUGGGAUCCCGAGCGUGAUGAGAUGCCCAGCCCGUUCCUUGCCCGCGGCAAGAAGGUUAUUCGCAAUCUUCGGUGACCUGUCUGAUUCUUUUUUCCUUUGUUAAUUCUUCGCAUCCCAUUUUGGAGCGACUUGAUUCUUUUCAUCAUGGUGUACUGGCGUUGUGGCUUCGUUUCCUUGGAGGAAAACUCCCUUUUCUACUGACCGACUGUCAUUGUGACUUUCCAUUCAAUUCUUGCGCAUACCUCUUUGUUCCCCAUCACGGAGUUUGGCUUGCUAUGUUGCGGGUUUGGCAACUUUCUUAUGACCCCAUACAGGCCGCGGUGUUUUUUGUGUGGUGUUUGUGGAUUUGUCCCAUUUUUGGCGACCACUGCCCACUCCCCCUGACUGACCGACUCUCUUCUACCUUUUUCCUUUGUGAUGCCGUGAUGCCCCUUUCGUUUAAUUUUCUCUCGGAAAGGAGUUCGUUGUACAUUUACUGGUGUUCAUCACACAUACGCUGGGGAUGGUCUCCCUCUUAUUACGCUUCAAAUCUGAAUGCCGAUGUUGAUGUUCCAUACAUCUGUUUCGCCAAAUUCAUUGUCCUAUUUAUUCAAGGCGACUCACUCGAGAGCGUAGACGACUUGCGAUGAGAUGAUGGUAAGAAUCUUGGUUUGUAGGAGCGAGUCGUCACCCCUGAAUGUGACAGCAGGAGCGCCCGCCUGCGAAACUGGAAAGGCCAGAAGGGUCAAGGUAGCAGGGGCCAUAUUGAUCCCUCUUGAGUAUUUCACGACUGAAUCAAGGCGCCCCGAUAUCAAAUAGACGCAUUGGUUUUGUAAAGCAGGGUCUGGUCUUUUUCUGUUCAUGACAAGAUCUCCCUCUCCCAGGUCGUCAAACGAUGCUACUUGCAUUCAAGCCUGCCUUCCACUAUCUGCAUGUCCUUCUGAACUUAAUAUCUCCUGAAUUGUGUCAUCUGAACCGAACAAGCUCCACAGGAUACCUUCCAAUAAUAGCAGGCACUUGACCCUCUGCAAGAUGAUCUUCGCUCGUCCUAGCGUCCCCGGUGGACACAUAUUCGGUUCGUCCUCGGCGUCAGUGUGAAUAUACUAGAAAGCCUGAUCUCCUCAGGGAUUCAUUCAACUAUCACACGCGAUCCAGAAAGCGACAACAGUACCCCUACCUUACCUUGCAUCCGAGAAGUUUUGCAAUACGAGCGCGGACUGCGACUUUGGCUGUUAAUGCGGUAAAAGCGGAAGGUGUACACUGGUCUGCGAUAGGGAGGCAGAUUGCGUCCACAGGCAUCAUCAUUGCGAGCAAGGACAGUGUUCGUGGCACAGCGGACGAAAUGCUAACAGAAGAGAAUUGGUGCUGGUAUCAUUGGAACUGUUGUAUUUUUCCAAGGGGUAUUGCGCCCGGCUACCUCGAGAAUGUGUUCAUCAUUGAACGCAUAGGAAGAGUUGGGUGGUCAUCGUUCGCUGGAGAUGUCUUUCUGUUCCCUUUGCUAUUGUUUCAGAGCCUGAAUUGAGUUUGAGUUAUUUGUGGCUGCAGCAACGAAAAUAGUUCGCGGUUGUUAUUCGCUGAAGAUCGCGGACAACGAGGCCCGUUGAAUACUCGGUAUAGGAGACAAAAGAUGUACUUGACAAAUGAUCGGUUCGAAUCGGAUGGAAUUUGGAAUCAGAUUUUCCUUAGAAGAGAUGGCUAG